AUGGGCUACGGCGGCCCCCACGCCGCGUUCAUGGCGUGCCACGACGAGUACAAGCGCCUGAUGCCCGGCCGCAUCAUCGGCGUGUCGAUCGACGCCAAUGGCGAGCCGGCGCUGCGGAUGGCGAUGCAGACGCGGGAGCAGCACAUCAGGCGCGACAAGGCGACGUCCAACAUCUGCACGGCGCAGGCCCUGCUGGCCAACAUCUCUGCGCUGUACGGCGUGUACCACGGCCCCAAGGGCCUCACUGAGAUCGCCGACCGCGUGCACGGCCUCGCCUCCACGCUGGCGGCAGGCGCCAAGAAGCUGGGCCUCCAGGUGGGCGCGGCGCCGUUCUUUGACACCGUGGCCAUCACCGUGCCCAGCGCCGACAAGGUCGUCGCCACUGCCCUGCAGCACAAGGUCAACCUGCGCAAGCUGGAUGACAAGACCGUGAGCAUCUCGUUCGACGAGACCACCAAGCUGGCGGACCUGGACCUGCUGUUUGCCAUCCUCAACGGCGGCCAGGCGCCGGGCUUCACGGCCGCCUCCCUCGCGCCGGCCGCCGCGCCCGCCAUCGCGCCGGGGUCACCGCUGGCGCGCACCAGCUCGUUCAUGACGCAGCCCAUCUUCAACAGCUACCAUUGUGAGCACGACAUGCUGCGCUACCUCAAGCGCCUGGAGAACAGGGACCUCUCCCUCGCGCACUCUAUGAUCCCCCUCGGCUCCUGCACCAUGAAGCUCAACGCGACGAGCGAGAUGAUCCCCAUCACGUGA